UUGUCAAAAAAGGCGUCUCGUCUCGAAAGGAAUUAUGAUUGAUUCAAUUUAGAUAAAAUAUCUCUGAAAGGAAUUAUUUGAGUGUUUUCCAACACAAUGGUGGAGGUUUGGCAGACGUGUAUGCUUUCAUCAUUUGAUAAAAUAUGCCGGAUAUGCUUGGCGGAGUCACCGGAAUUGCUAUCAAUCUACUCCAAAUACUGCAUAACACUCAUUAAUACGGAAAUACGCACAAGUGAAGAUUCCCCAACAAUCCGGGAUAUGCUUAGUUCAAUAGUUACGCUCAACGACAAUUUAGAACUUCCCAGUAAUGUUUGCAUUUCCUGUGUUCAGGAACUAAUGAGAGCAUUUUGCUUCAAGGAAAAAUGCGAAAGGAAUGAAGGCACUCUCGUGGCAUGCCUAAAUGUACCGGAAGUGAAGAAGGAUCAAUCAGUGCAAACGGAGAAUGCCUCCUCACCCCAACCACUCAGUGAACUGACUAAUUAUCUAAAAAUUGAUUCUUCCACCUAUGACGGUAGUCAGUCAUAUGAGAAUACAGUUACAGUUGAACUGCAGGAAACUGUGGUGAGUGAUCCCGACUUUACUGAAGUUGAGGUCAUUCCUGAAGGGCAGGAAGAGCCUCAAAAGCAGAAUGAUUCUAGAGAAGACGAAAUUUCUGAGCACGAUGCGGAAGAAUUCCCGCAAGAGGUGGAGGAAUAUCUUCUAAAAGACGAUUUUCCCCACAAGGAGACAAUUCCCCAUCAGGAGAAGGAAGUUCUUGAAGAAAAGGAAAUUAUUUUACCGAUAAAAGGGCCAUAUACAACUGUUGUUGAAAACUUUGUUGAAACAGCAGCAGACACUGAUGCACCAGCAGUACCAAAAAAAGCAGCAAUUUGCACAAAAUGUGGAUCAUUUUUUGCAAUGCGUCGAUCCCUUUUGAGGCAUCAGGUGUCCAAUAAAUGCCAACAGAGAAACUAUCAAUGCAGCAUCUGCAAGAGGGUGUUCGUACGGAAGAGGAAUCUCAUACAACACAUGGGAUCACAUAGUACGAAAGAUAAGCCAUUCAAGUGCACAGAUUGCCCUAAACUCUUUGCCACUCAGGAGCAGCUAACUGCCCAUGAGAAGCAACAUAAAGGAGUCAAAAAGCAUAAAUGCAAGGAAUGUGGGAAAUGCUUCAACAUGGGUUCCUCCCUGAAGGAUCACCUGAGGACUCACAGCGGUGAAAAACCCUUUUUGUGCUCAAUCUGCGGAAAAGGUUUCAGUCAAUCGACCAAUUUGAGACAACACACAAUGAGGCACAACAAGAUGAAGCCCUACAAGUGCACCUCAUGCGAGAAAAGUUUCGUCAGCAAAGGCGAAUUGGAUGCUCAUUUGAGGAAACAUUCCGGAGAGCAUCCCUUUGUCUGUGACACAUGUGGAUCAGGAUUCACAACAUCCAGUUCUCUAGUGAAACACAAGAGAAUUCACACAGGUGAACGUCCCUAUGCCUGCGAUUUCUGCCCCAUGAGAUUCACAGCUUUGGGUACAUUGAAGAAUCACCGAAGGACACACACCGGGGAAAGGCCCUACGGAUGCAAAUACUGCCAUAAAUCUUUUGCACAGAAGAGUGACAUGGUUGCCCACACAAGAACACACACAGGUGAACGACCCUACGUUUGUCGCAUUUGUGGAUCGACUUUUCAUCAAUCAAGCACAAUGAAGACGCACAUGAAGAUCCACGAUAAAAAAUCAAUUAUUUGCCAGAAUGCCCCACAUACUUCUGUAUCCACUACUGGUUAAGGAUCUGCUGACUAGAGUAGACUAAAAUCUACACAUUAAAUGAGCUUCAAGAACGUGACCUAGGCCAGAAAAGCCAGGAGAGUCAUUUUGAGACAAGAAUUUUUUUACACUACAUACUAUAUUUUUUAGUAAUAAUUGUGGUUUUCAUAACUUCUCUGAAAAAAAUAGUUUGUAUUUGAGUUUGUCAAAGUUUGUAACUCCCAUACAUUUUUUAACAAACAUGGAAGUGAAAAGGAGUCAAAGCCCUUUUUUGUCAAAGGAGAUUACUUUUUAAUCUCCAAGUUUGUUAUUUAAAUAAAAAUACCCAAAUUUGUAGAUGCUUGUAAUUGUUUGUAAAAAUUUGUAUGAAAAUCCGGAUGGCCUCCAUACAAACCAUUACAAGCUUGUUUGUUGUAUUUUGUUACUUUUAAAAUAAGAGAUAUCCUUUUAAAUAACAA